AAGUCACCUGAGCAUCUCUACCCUGCGAAGGUUUUCUGCAGUCAUGGCGAAGGUGUCUCUGGCUGCUACGCCUGAAAGAAUGUCUGGCAAGUCGGCGGCUUGGCUUCUGGCGUCGCCGUCGCCUUUGCUUCUGCUACUGGCGCUGCUAAUAGCCGCCGCGCCGGCGGCUGCGGAACAUCAAGUGCCACUGGUGCUCUGGUCGAGCUCUCGUGAUUUGUGGGCUCCACUUGAAAAUGCCCACGAAGGUCACAUCACUACGGAUAUCCAACUUUCCUCCUACCUAGACCCUGCCCUGGAGAAGGGACCCCGAAACGUAUUGCUGUUCCUGCAGGAAAAAUUAAGCAUUGAGGAUUUCACUGCAUAUGGUGGUGUAUUUGGCAACAAGCAAGAUAGUGCUUUCUCUAACCUGGAGAGUGCUCUGGAAUUGGCUCCUUCUUCCUUGAUCCUGCCUUCAGUGGACUGGUAUGCAGCCAAUACUUUGACCUCUUACCUGAAGGAGAAGUUGGGAGCUAGUCCCCUCCAUGUAGACCAGGCCACCUUGAGGGAGCUGAAGCUCAACGACACCCUCCCUGCUCUACUUCUCCUGAGACUGCCAUAUACCACCAGUUCUGGCUUGAUGGCUCCCAAAGAAGUACUCACAGGCAACGAUGAGAUUAUUGGGCAGGUGUUGAGCACACUCAAGUCAGAAGGUGUACCCUACACAGCCAUACUGACUGCCGUUCAGCCUUCCCGGGUGGUUCGGGACUUGUCGCUGGUGUCUGCGGGUCUGGGGCGGCACCUCCUUGCGGAGGAUGAGCCUCUACCACCCUUACUGCCUUUCCUGCCUCCAGUCAGCUACAAUGAUACAGAGCCUCGAAUCCUCUUCUGGGCCCAGAACUUCACAGUGGCCUAUAACAGUGAGUCACGUGACCUGACUGCACUCACUUUUGGAGCCCCAACACUCAACCUGACUGGCUCCAGCUGGAACAGCUCCUUUGCCCAGCUUGUGCUGACAUAUGACAACCUCUUUGGCCCAUUCCUGACUAUCAAGUUUAUCCUGAGCAGUCAUUUCUACCCCGUUUCAGCCCGAAGCUGGUUCACCAUGGAUCGACUAGAGAUUCACACCAACAACUCAGUUGUUGUCUUCAAUUCUUCACAUGUCACAGCACCUAGCAUCUAUUCCUUCCACUGCCAGUAUGUUAGCACUGAACAUUCAAAGGAAGGUCUCCUAAUGUCUUCUCCUGGUUCCUCUACCUGGCAUGUGACUUUCCAAAAUUUCCAGAUUCAGGCCUUUAACUUGUCUGGUGGAAACUUCUCCUAUGCCAGUGACUGUGCCAGCUUCUUCUCCCCUGGCAUCUGGAUGGGCAUGGUCUCCUCUCUCUUCAUGCUUUUCACCUUCACUUACGGACUGCACAUGAUCCUCAAUCUCAAGACCAUGGAUCGCUUUGAUGACCACAAGGGGAGCACUCUCUCUGUGCCCCUCAUGGAGUGACCCCCUCAGUCAUACAGGGAGGCCAGAAGGGUUGGAGGGGCAGUCAUAUAUUGACUUUGCCUCCUCCCCGUGGAAGGGCUGCCAAGCUACUACUCAUUUGUGCUUCCUCGGUAGCUAGGCCUCCCUAUACCUAUUUCCUCUUGCUCCUACCCCCAGUUAUCCCAGAGUCUGUUGUUACCCUUCCCCUACCCUUUCCACAGUAACAAAAAGCAGUGUCUGCGUCUGACAAAUACCGGGGUGAAAACCUUGGAGGCUAGCGUUUAGCUCUGCCUCUGAGAUAACCUUGAGGCAGCACACAGAGAGUGAAGGAUUAUCUGAGGCCACUUUCUUUCCUUGCUGCUGGCUCCCUACCCUUAUUUAUUCUCCCUAAAUCCCUGCCCUCAGGUCUAGCUGCUUUGUCGUGUGAGAUGUAUUCUGGGGAUUAGUCAAAAUGACCUGUGGUUGGAGGGGAACUCAAGGUGGGGAGGGGGUGUGGACUUGAAACUUGCUUAUUUGUCUUGUUAUUUGCCUAUUGUUUUGUCUUUUAGUUUUUGGUGAUGCUAAAGUUGGAUGUGAUAAGAAAUUGAAAUAAAAUUUUAACUAAGCCUCCAUGGCA